CCCUCCAGACGGAGUGACAGGAGAGUUGGAGACGCAUCCAAGCUUGCAGGACACACAGACGGAGUUCAAAGCGACUCCAAACAGGCGGAAAACCUUUCCUCGGAGUCCCCGUUCAGUUGUGCGGUUCGUCAGCCACUCCAAGUGGACUUCAUCAACACCCACUAAUACCUUUCUCAGUGCGUGUUGUAUCCUGAAGACCGAUAAGAGGUCCAGUUUUUGGAACUUUUAAAAAAACAUCUGUUGUAAGUCAUGCAUCGGUGCAAAGUUGCACUACUCCUGUUAGUGGUCAUCCUACACUUCCUGAGUGCGGAAGCCUAUAAGUGCAGGUGCACCAGAAAAGGACCAAAGAUCAGAUAUAAGGAUGUGCAGAAGCUGGAGAUCAAACCCAAACAUCCCUUCUGCCAAGAGAAGAUGAUAUUUGUAACGAUGGAGAACGUGUCUCGGUUCAAGGGCCAGGAAUACUGUCUUCAUCCCAAACUUCAGAGCACCAAAAAUCUGGUUAAAUGGUUCCGCAUCUGGAAGGACAAGCACAGGGUUUAUGAAGCCUAACCUUGGUUUCCAGAACACACGGACCAAGUGAGACAAAACCAGACGAGGACAUCACCAGAACUGUCCCAUUAAGAAAUGACCUGCAGUGAAGCUAUUCUUCUUCUUCCUCAGACUUGUUGAGAACAUUAAAAUGUAUCUGUAGUCUGUAUUUAUCCUGAUGGGUUUGUUUUAGUCUCCCAUCGAUCUAGUUACAUUACUCACGUUUCCAGCCUCCUCAGCAGCAUGAAUCAGGUGUUAUUUAAGGGAACGUCUCAGAUACUUUACCUCUUAGGAUUCUACCAACGUAAGACUGUCGGAGAUUCUGAUGAAACAUGCACACCUUCAUGUGGAAACACAGAACUGUACAUGUAGAGGGAUGAGGUAUAUGUCCAGACUCUCAACAUGUAGGAUCUCUGUGAAAUGUUGGAGUUGAAACAUAGUAAUAGAACAAAUUCAAUAAUACUGUUUUUGUAGAAGGGAGUACUGACAUUUGAUACUGACAUUGUGGCGGUGUGUGUGUGUGUGUGUGUGUGUGUGCGUGUGUGUUUGUGUUCAUGUUAGAUCUGUGUGCAACAAGCAUGAGGGUCCAGCAACUUGUUUGUAUAAUAUUCUCUGAUUUAAUCUGCAGGUCAUAAAUAGAUUCAGCUCAAGAUAAAUAAUAUUAGUGCCAUGCUACAUACACAGGUGUGUGUGUGAGUUAAUGCAAAAUAUUGAUUCUAAAGUGUAUAAAGAAAGUGACCACAUUUGCUAAAUACUUCUGUUUGGUCAAGAGCUGUAAUGAUGUGUUAUUUCAUACAAAACUGUUUUUAUAACUAUUAGGUAAGAGCAUCCAUAGGUCCUUCAGUUAUGUUGGUUUUGUUAUUUUAACAACAGAUAGAACUUCAGGUUCAGUCUUCACCCUGGUAACAAGGUGAUGACCCUGUUAUUAGUCUGUUAUAUCAUUUGAGGAGGUAAAAUAAAUAUGUAAAUGUUUAAAGUGUCUAAGAUCUAAAAUGAAAUGUAAACCUGAGUUUGGGAUCAUUUUAUGGGUUCAUAGAUGCUGUAUGAAGGGCAACAUGUCAACAUUUUACAGUGACUGUGAUAAUGGGGCAACAGUGUGGUUCUUUAAAAGUGAAGCUCAGCAGCACAAAUCAGGUUUCACCAACAAACACGAUACCUGUUUUAUGCUUUGUUUAGUUUUUUAUUAAAUCUUAGCUGUUGGUUAACAAGA